AUGCGUCCUUGUGAGGUGGUGACUGAGGAGCCGCUGCUGGCCAGGCUGAUGGAGAAGUUCGUGCACGGCGUGGACGUGUUACUGGAAACGCUGUGGAAGGUGUGGAUGGAGCUCUUGGACGUCCUUGGCCUGGACGUCGGUGACUUUUCUCCCUUCAUGGCCCAAGACAGCUGCGCCCAGUCCUACUAUCGCAUCCAAUUCCCGUACCUGAGCCCCGCCUCGGUGGCCAGCAGCCCCGCCCGCGCCCUGGUCCUGGUCGGCCUCCUGAUGCUGGCCUACUGGUUCCUGUCCUUGACCUUGGGCUUCGCCUUCAGCGUCCUGCACCUGCUCUUCGGCCGCUUCUUCUGGGCGGCGCGCGUGGCGCUGUUCUCCAUGGCCUGCGUCUACGUCCUGCACAAGUACGAGGGUGAGCCCGAGGGCGCCGCGCUGCCCCUGUGCCUCGUGGUGGCCAGCGACCUGGUGCCUGAUGCGCUGGAAGCAACGCGUUGGGUGGGAGCCUUCCCUGCGUCCGCGUUCUCAUCCCCGCACUCGUCAGCACUGCCCCCUCUCAGCGGCCGCCGGGGCUUCUAG